CCACGGGAGCAUGUGACGCCCGCGAUGCACCUGCAGGGCUUAGGCCCGGCCCGCCCCCGGCCCGCCCCGGCCCGGGCACAAUAAAAGCACGGCUGCGUCCUCUCUGGGAGAGAAACGUCCCGUCCCGGCGGCUCCGGCACCCAGGGUCCAGCCUGUGAGCUCUGCCAGGCCUGGACGCUGGCUUAACAUCUGUGACUUCACGUGUGUGUGCUCUCGCCACAUCUGUCGUCACACCUAUCUCCACCUUGGCCCAGGAAUCCACACUUGGGCAACAGAGGUGGUGAGAAGCCCUCAAUCCACAUCUGUGACUCUCCACACCUGGGUCACACUUGUGACACCUUGGCCACACUGUGGCCACACUCUGACACCUCAAGUGACACACGAGGAACCCGUAUCUCACCUGUGAUAGUACCUGCCACUGCCCCUGCCCAGAAUCUCAGUGGAGGGCCACCCUGACUCCCAGACUGACCGUGUAUAAAGAACAAUGGCUGUAGUUCCUCAGAGGGGGGUCCAGCGAGUUCUGUUUGGAGAGUGGCUUCUGGGUGAGGUCAGCAGCGGCUGCUACGAGGGGCUGCGGUGGCUGGACGACGCCCACACGGUCUUUCGGGUGCCCUGGAAGCACUUUGCUCGCAAGGACCUAGGAGAGGCAGACGCCCGCAUCUUCAAGGCCUGGGCAGUGGCCCGAGGCAGGUGGCCACCCAACACUGGCGGGGGCGACAGGCCACCCCCAGAGGCUGAGGCUGCAGAGCGUGCGGGCUGGAAAACCAACUUCCGAUGCGCACUGCACAGCACCCGGCUCUUCCGGAUGCUGCAAGACAACUCAGGGGACCCUGUGGACCCACACAAGGUGUACGCGCUCAACCCUGAGCUGGAGAGGAGAGCCCCAGGUCCAACUGGCCCCCCACUUUCGGAAGGCCCAGCUGUCUAUCAGGGGGAAGAAGAGGCUCUUGAAGGUGUCCUGCCUACACAGGGUGGGCCCCUAGGACCAUUCCUGGCAGGAGACACUAAGCUGCAAGCCCCAAGCCCUCUGCCCAUCACAGCAGGUGACACAGGGGACCUCUUGCUCCAGGUUCUUCAGCACAGCCUCCUGGGGGACCCCGUGAUGGAGGCUGCAUGGCGGGUAGACCCAGCCCCUCCGGGGCCUUCUGGCCCAGAGUGCCCUUUGGAGGCGCUUCAUACAGCACGGGCAGUGGAAGCUGUCCCCAGCCCCAGGCCUCAACACACGGCCCUUAUGACAGAUCCCAGCCCAGGUGCCCUGGAUGUGACCAUCAUGUACAAGGGACGCACAGUGCUGCAGGCAAUGGUGGGGCAGCCCAGCUGUGUGUUCCUGUAUGGACCCCCUGGCCCAGCCAUCAGGGCCUCGGAGGAGCCCCAGCAGGUGGUCUUCCCUAGCCCUGCUGAGCUCCCUGACCAGAAGCAGCUGCACUACACGGAGAAGCUAUUGCAGCAUGUGACCCCUGGCCUGCAGCUGGAGCAGCGCGGACUGGCACUGUGGGCCCGGCGCAUGGGCAAGUGCAAGGUGUACUGGGAGGUGGGCAGUCCCUUGGGCUCUGCCAGCCCCUCCAGCCCAGCCCAGCUGCUGGAGCGCAACUGCAACACCCCCAUCUUCGACUUCAGCACCUUCUUCCGAGAGCUGGGGGAAUUCCGGACACGAAGGCGCCAAGGCUCCCCACACUACACCAUCUACCUGGGCUUUGGGCAGGACCUGUCAGCAGGGAGGCCCAAGGAAAAGAACCUGGUCCUGGUGAAGCUGGAGCCAUGGCUGUGCCGGGUGCACCUGGAGGGUGUGCAACGUGAGGGCGUGUCCUCCCUGGACAGUGGCAGCCUCAGCCUGUCCCUGUCAAGCACCAACAGCCUCUACGAUGACAUUGAGCACUUCCUCAUGGAGCUGGAACAGCCAGCUUAGCCCCCUACCCCAGCCGCCCCCAACAGAAGAGUGCCGAGAACCAGUGCUGUCCUGUUCUCCCUGCUGGCAGUACUGACCAGACAUGCAGGGCCCUGGCAAGGGAGGUGAAGCCCAGGAAGCACACUGCAGACCUCCCCUGCAUGCCCACUCUUCUGUUUAUCGCGCACUCAAGUGACACACUGAAGUGCUAAUAAACCACUCACUGGAUACAAA